AUGAGGACGACGAGCGCGGUGGUCGCGCAGCAAGGACAGCAGCUAUUAAAGCCGAACAAGAAUACCAACGUGAAAAGAAGAGCGAACGAGAAAAAGGAAGAAAGCGCGGUGAUUAAGUUCAAAAACAGAAUUCCAUCGUCUGUUCCCAAAACUGUGGUUGUCGGGGAAAAUCGUGACGUCGCAAAUUCCGAAACGUCAAAGUCCUCUCGAAGAGCUGUGUUAGCGACGAAAGGAAUUCUGGUCCUGUGCGAAGCGACCGUAUUCCCCUGGCUCUCGGAAUUCUACACCAGACCGAAAGGCGGAGGCGUUUUAGACGGCUUCGAUAUCCCAAACGCGAACAGAGAUAUUCGAGUGUUUUCGAGUGAAUUUUUCGAGAGUUUGUUGCCGGCGGAAUAUUCAGAGUACGACGUCUUGCGCGCGAAAGAAUGUUUAAAAACCGGGGAGAGUUUGAUGAAAGAACAAAAGUGGGACCAGGCGAUCGUGUCGUUACAACAGAUUGAAAAGUUAAUACCGAGGGAGUAUAAGAUGAAUCAAAAGACGAAACUUUUAAUCGCGGAGUGUUAUAAAGCGAUGGGCGCGCCUCAAUAUUUCAACGCGGAGUAUUUGGAGGCGAAAGGGAGCGUGUGGUGGUGGGGGAGAGGGUUGAGGUGGCCCGGGUGGUACAUCAUCGCGUAUUUAGGGGCGAGGCACGUUUUCUUUGAAAGUAAGGAGGAUAAGGUUGGCGAGGCGAGCAUUACGGAAGGGAUUUUGAUUAGCGUGCUUGCUAUCAGUUAUCUCAUGUUACUGAAUCAAUUCGGUUUGCCCGAUUUGUAA